AUGUUCGAGCGCAUGCGUUCGUGGUUUGGUUCACCCAACGAGGUGGCGGGCACGGGUUUGUUGUUUUCCUCUGUGGCUUCUGGUCCCGCUCACUGUCGAAGCUCUUCUUCUCUAUCUACGGCAGCAGGAGGAGGAGCAGGAGUAGCAGGAGCAGGAGGCAAAGGAGGAGCUCCUGCGGUGCUACCAGUCUCUGUUGGGCAACCUUCUGUGUCACUUGUGUCUGCUUCGGAUUAUCCGACUCCAUCGAAGUAUUUAGAGAACCCGGAUUCGAUCCCGACAUACUACACCUUUCAGAGCAACAUGGUUUCUGACGAAGAUCUUCUGCCUGGUAUGCUGCGUAACUUGGAGGUGGACAGACGCCUUACGCUUCCGACACGCACACAUAUUCGUUUUCUCGUGACUGCCACCGACGUCAUCCACUCCUGGGCUGUGCCUGCUCUGGGUAUCAAGGCUGACGCCAUCCCAGGAAGACUUCAGAAAGUGAACACCUUCAUUCAGAGAGAAGGCGUCUUUUAUGGACAGUGCAGCGAACUCUGCGGUGCUCUUCACGGCUUUAUGCCCAUCGUCAUAGAAGCUGUUAGCCCAGAAACCUACGCAGCGCAUGCAAAGAAGUGGUAUAAAGAGUAA